CAUCUCGUGACUGAAGAUCGGUGUGAGACGGAAUAGUUGCCUAAUAAAACCUCCCAAAUUAAAUUGUGACUGAGAUGCAGCAGUUUUCUUGAAUAUCUAAACAACUCAUAUUCAGUCUAGAAAUUAACGAUUACCUCCCAAUCAAAAUCUGGGACUAGCAUCACCAUGCAAGUAAGUGAAUUUUUCUUCGAAUUUGAACGUCAAUGUUUUCCCGAAAUAGUAUACUCUGUAGCUCGCCCUAUUCGAGUCUGUUCCAAAAUUUAUAUGUUGACUCUGAAUUUAUGUUUUUCAUUUCAUAUAUGAUUUCGAUGGAAAUUCAAUAGAUUUUAAUUUCCUUCGCAUUUCCUCAUUGUAAACUCGUGCAAGAAAGAUAGAAUGUAAAUGUUUUCCCGAAAUAGUGUACUCUGUAGCUCGCCUUAUUCGAGUCUGUUCAAAAUUUAUAUGUUGACUCCAAAUUUAUGUUUUUCAUUUCAUCUAUGAUUUCGAUGGAAAUUUAAUAGAUUUUAAUGUCCUUCACAUUUCCUCAUUGUAAACUCGUGCAAGAAAGAUAGGUUUUCGACGUAAGAAAGAAGAUUGCAUAAGAGUGCGCUGCACCUCGCCCACCGUAGAGUCUCUGUGGCUCAGUGUUAGAACAUCGGAGCGAGGAAUCCGAUGGUCGGAGAUUCAAUUCCUUAUGGGGACUCAGAAUUUUUCUUUUGUCCCACGCUCGUGACAAGACGGAAAACAUCUUUUUAUAUUUCUUUGCUGAGCUUAAAACUUACCAUUAUUCCAUUUACAAACAUGACGUUAUCGACAUUUUGAUCCUAGCAUUAUGCAGAACGCGUGUCAUGUGAACUUCGUAAUAGACCCCACUUCCCGUAGUCUCUGUGGCGCAAUAGUAGAGCAUUGGAGCGCGGAAUCCGAAGGACUGAGACUCGAUCCCUCAUGGGAACUCAGAAAUUUCCUUUGUCCCACGCUCGUGUCAAGACGAAAGACAUCUUUCUUUAUCUCUUUCCCCAAGAAACUAUCAUAUUUUCCAGAUUAAUUUUGUUGACGUUAAUUGGUAUGUUAUUUUAUGAAAAAAAUCAAGGCCAUGAAAGACGAACCAGUAACCCAACAUUUGAAAACACUUAUAAUAUUUGGGUUCUACUUCAGUGUAAGAAAAUGUUAAAUCAUGAUUAAACUGUGGAUAACUAAGUUGUUUAAUUUAAUGUUUUCUAGAUGUGGUUCACUACUUCACGGGAUAUUUCACAUAUUUUGUUCAAAGAUUGGAGUGUGUCAAGUGUUGGAGGUUGGUUUCACUUUAACCCUUUAACUUCCGUGAGUGACUAAGACAGAAUUUCACCUUACUAUAUCUGUACCAUAUCAUGUAGACAAGUGAUGAGAAUUAAAAAUAUCAAUUAUGGGAUUACUAAUUGAUCCAAUACCAAAUUCUCCAAACUAACAUAAUGAGAAUAAUUGGGAAAGAAGUAAGGAGAAUUGCAAAGGAGAUCUUGGGAGUUAGAGGGUUAAUGUCUGUGUUAUUGUUACAGAAUGGUGUUACUUGAUAUUGAUGGAAAAAUUCUAAUAUCUAAUUAACAAAUAGAUUCCAAGUUGCUGUGCGUCUGUCCAGUAAUAGAUCACAGAUGACGUCAAAAUGUGGUAAGAACAAAAAAGUGGCACAUGUGGCACAGCCGAGUGUAUCACUGAUGUUCUUACCACAUUUUGACAUCCUCUGUGAUCUGUUACUGAACAGAUGCAUGGCAACUUGGAAUCUGUUUUAUAUAAUAAAGAAUUAAAAAAUACGGAAAAAAAAAUUUUAAUGAUGAUGUCAUCUAUAUGUCUGUCCUCCAUUAGAUCAUAAGUGAGAACCAAUCAGAAUGCGUGCAUUUAACUGAGCUUAUUAUAUAAUCAUUAAUAUUUAAAAACUGCCCCUUGUGAAAAACAUGCUUCUAAUUAGGAGAACUUUACUGCUCCCCAAACCCUUUGACCCUCAGAGUGACUAGCAACUAAUUUUUCUCCUCACAAUAUCACCCUGAAUCACACAUUAGGGUCACAAGAAUAAAGGAAAUGAUUAUCAACCAAAGAAGUUCUUGAUUGUUAAACAAAUUCUCCUUUUCAGCACCUUAGGAAAUGUAUAGAGAGCUGUAAGAAGAAUAUGCUCACUGAUGUUUGAGUAUAAAGGAUUAUUAACGGCAUUCACUGAAUUCUUGUAUUUCCAUUUUCUUCAGGUUUGGUUGGAUCAUGCAUUAUCAUAAUUGUGAUUGCUGUUUUCUUCGAGAGUCUUAAGUCUUAUAAAGGCCUAUCAAACAAGAAACCAGAAAAGAAAACUUCUGAAACUAUGCCUCUCUUAGGACACCUACAUACCUAUGAAAGCAGGUAAAAUUAGACUUAAAGGGUGCUUAUUCUUAUUAGUUAGUUACAAACUGGUCAGGGUACUUUCAAAAGAGACUACUGCAGAAUGAGUUGCUUAUUACAUUUUUCUAAUAUUUAAAUGCAAUUUUAUGAAACUAUUGUAGUCUCUUCGGCAAGUUUUUUUUGUAACUAAAUUAACUGCCUUUUCUUAACAAACACUUUCCCCAAGAGCUUUUAGAACUGCAAGCAAAAUUUUUUUUAUUUGCUUGGUGUUCAUUCUUUGUUCUGGUGAAAUUUAUGUAGUAUUUUAUGUUUCAGAAAUGGUAAUAUGUAACUUCCACUUUAAACCCCUGUACCCCUCAACACACCUCAAACCUUUCACUCCCUUUGUAGAUCUGCCAGAGAGAGAGAGAGAGAGUGUCAUUACAUGAUCUGUGUAAACUUGUUACUUAUGAAACUAGUUACUGCUAAACUCACCCACUGAGUUCUCUGCUGUUUGGUAGUAGAAAAUUGGUGUGCUGAACUAGAGCAUCAGAGGUUAAAUUCCUUGUAAGGAAUCUGAUAUCUUUUGGUCCCAAGCUUGAUACAAAUUUAUCAUCCCCUUAUCUCAAAAUUCAUGGUCUGCCUAGUUUCAUUUACACCACACCAGUUCUAUAGUAAGAGGCAAAUUUCAAUGAACUUAAACCCUUUUACCCCUAUAAGUGACUGGCAUCUAAUUUCUCCUUACAAUAUCACCCCUGAAUCAAGUAGAAGGUCAUGAGAAUAAAGGAUAUGAUCACCAAUUAAAGAAGCACAUGACUUUCAAACAAAUUCUUCUUGUCAGAACCAUAGGAAAUAUAGAGAGAACAGUGUGGAGAAUAUGAAUACUGAUAUAAGGGUGUAAAGGUUUGAGCCAAGAUAGAAUGGAAUCCUGUAGCUCAGACUGCACUUGUAUUCACUCUUUGUUUCACUUAACUCUUGGGUUAAACAUUUCUGCUUUGGAUGUAAGGUGUAUGAACAUUGUCGCAAUUUCCUUUUGACUCUGAGUUUUAUUGUUAGGUUCAAUUUGAUGGAUCACCUCAGGAGGACUUUUCUAUAUUUAGUACAAUUUCUUGUUGGAUAUUUCCUUAUGCUGGUGGCUAUGACAUACAAUGUUUGGUUGUUUCUAACUGUUGUCAUUGGUUGCGGCAUUGGUUAUUUUUUGGCAACCCCUUUCAUGGAGUGUUAUUUUGAUGGAAAGAGGAAAGUUGCCAGUCAAACAUUAGACAGCUAUGGAAGGGUCUCCUCUUUUGGGGAUCCUGGUGCCUUAUGAAGAAAAAUGAUUAAUUGAAAGGGUCAGUCAACAGUGUACUGACUAGUACAGGAAGUGUCUACUUGGAAUUCUCUGAUUAUUGAUAAUGGUAAUAAGACCACUGAGUGGAGUCCAACUCAGUCUGUAAAUCAUACAAGUGAUUAACAAAAUCAGACAACUGGAAAUGGGAGUCUGAUUUGUUAAUCACAAGUAUGAUUACAGACAGAAUUGGUCCUGUCAAUUAAUCAAAACUAUAACAAAAUUUGAGAAAGAAAGUAAACAUCAUUUAUACAUUUUCUUAAAAAAAAAAAAAAAACAAUUAACUUGGAAAUUGUGAGACAACAGCGCACACGCAUAAUGUGUUUUGCCCACUAACACAGCAUGACUUGUUAACUGUCCCUGUAACUAUCCUAUUACACUGUCCAAUUACAAGCAUGACAUGUACCCUGUCUUAUUAGUGCUCAAAUUGGGCUGGUGAUGACCAACCACAUUUCAAGAAUUUUGUUAUAGUUUUGAUUAGAAUGAUGAUAGCUUUUCAGUUUAGAGACAUCAGUAAUGGAUUUCUAAGGUAAUCAGAAGCACAAUGAAAGAGGUAUUGCCUUCACAAUGGCUUCCCUCGUCUCUUUUGUUUAAGAGUAACAUCAAGAAUUGUAAGCCUAUAGCUGGCUAUUUAAGAAAUAUUAAGAAUUUUUAUAAGUGGAUACACUUAAUAAGCACUUGUUUAUUGAUGGAUUAUUUCUUGUUGUAUGACCAAUAUAGGGUUUGUAUAUCAACGCCUGGCCAACAUUAUUCAUUUGUAGAAGUCAGACUUUUCUUUGUUGGGCUAAACAUACUAGUAACAUAGAAAACAAGAUGCAUUCUUUUAUCGAUAUUAAGUCAGUUUAUAAUUAAGUUUAUUGAAAAUAAGAAAGGAAAGAUUUUGAAGGUUUAAACUAAAACAAAAUCGUAAAAAAAAAAACCCAGAUCAGAAAACAGAUCAAACUACAGUGGAACCUCGAUUUAACGAACCUCUUGAUAACGGGGUCCUCGGUAUAACGAACGAUGCUGAUCAGCCCGACCAAAGUUACAAUAAAAUGUAUGGGAAAACGUCGGUAAAACGAACCUCGAUUUAACGAAAUCCUCGCUAAAACAAACAAUCCAGAAGCCCAAACGCAUAUUAUACCCCAAUAUAACGAACAAAUGUCAACACGUGACAAAAGACAAACGCGAAACCGACCAACAAGAAUCAAAAGCCUUCAAUCUGAAGAACUUCACAGCUCAUUAUAAAUAUCGACGGUAUUGAGAUAACGGCGACAUUCGUAAUUUUGUUCGUCUAUACAUACGAGCAUUUCUUGAAGCCACUAAGUUUGUCGGAUGGUAUAUAUUAUUACCGACCAUAAAAAAUUAAAGCCAGUAACGUAAUGACUUAAUGGCUACUACACUUGCGUCAGUAUAGUAGGAAAUUCCAAGAUAGCCAGUAACGCAAUGACAAAACAACGAGAUUUGUGAUUAUCAUGAAACCCACGACUACGCCACAGAAUACCCUGCCACUCAUUUACAUGUCGCUGAAUAAGAAUAACGUUUAUUGUGUCAUGCCUCGAUCUUCAAAGUCUCCCGACACAUGUAAAUGAGGUUGACCAGAGUGGUAGGGUAUUCUGCAGUUGCUCCGAAAUUUGUGCUCCUUGCUUUAAAAACAGGGUGCUGUAGCUAUGUACAGACCUGUACGGCGUCAUGUAGACAUUAAAGCACAAACGCUUUUACAGUAAUCGUUCCGAUCCCAAAACGCUGGGUAGUGCGACGUCACACCACAAAAAACGAAAAAAACAAUUAACCAUCCCUCGAUUUAACGAACAUUUUGGUUGUUUCUCCGCAAAUUUCGAUAGAACAAACCCUCGAUAUAGGGAACCAAUUUCCCCAGUCCCUUAGCACUUCGUCAAAUCGAGGUUCCGCUGUACCGACUCAGGCCUGGUACUGACUCGACCUUGAGUUUGUUAUGAACCGGAAGACGUCCUUUGUCUCGCAUCGUUGGGAUGCUGAAAGCCGAAAAGGGCUUGGAACUUAUAGAUCGGCAUUUAUGACGUUAGUCUCUUUCGCUUUAAGAAGCCGGAAGUUGUUAGAGUGAAGCCAUAUUUUGCCUUCCAGGUUAAGAUAUUUUGCGUCUACGUAUGUUAUUUCACCUUCAUCCUGGAAUUUAUUCUUGUGAAACGUAAUUGUACAGCGUCCUAGGAUACCGAUAACUUAAUGCUGACCUAACUUUCGUAAGCAACCAGACAUUACGUUGCGACCUUUCAUGGAAGUAUAUCGAUCGCUUGACGGAUAGUAGUCGGUGAUAAAUGAUAAUUGAGGUACUACAACGGAAUAUCCAGUGGUGAGAGAUAUGGAGAAAUAUUCCUAUCGAGAAAUAGCUAAAUUGUUUCGUGAACCACUGGAAAAUAUAACAACGGUUUGCCAGGACAUCGGGGUUAACGCCAUUAUCAGGCACGACAAGUGGACCUUACUUCAUGUGGCAUCGGCUCAGAACAGACCAGAUAUAACUGAAUACCUCAUAAGUAUGGGAAACGAUGUAAAUGCUCUUGACAAGGAGGGUAAGUCGCCUUUAUAUUAUUGCCGAUCUGAGGAGGCUGCAAAAAUGCUUCUUAACGCCGGUGCUGAGGUAAAUUACCGCAGCAUUUUAGGUAAGACACCUUUACAACAUGCUUGCAUAUCAAAUGCCUCCCCUGAGGCAGUGAAAGUACUCUUGCAAUCUGGUGCACGAGUUAAUGCUGAAGACAACUUUGGUGACACGCCUUUCUUGUAUGCUUGUGGCAUGGCCUACGGGUGUAUAGAUGAAGAAGAAUAUGCAGAAAAUCUGCCAAAAAUAAACAUUUUGAUUGAACAUGGCGCAGAUGUUCAUCACACCAAUUCAAAGGGCGAAAACGGAUUGCACAUCUGCAGCUCAUAUCGCGCUUACGAAAUAGCUGAAGUCCUGUUGAAGCUUGGUGUCAUUGUUAAUACCCUGAACAAAAAACAUCAGACACCUUUGAUGAUGGCUUGUUCCAAGAAAACGUCUCAACUCCGCAGCGAGAAUGCGCUCUUGGUUACCUUAGUACUUCUGUUGGAGUAUGGUGCAGAUCCUGCGAUAUCAGACGAUCAAGGAAUGACACCUUUACAUGUACUGAUGCUACAUAACUGCAGCUCCUUAACGUCAAAAGUUGAGGUUGCAUCAUCCGUGGAGGUCCUACUCAAGCAUGGAGCAUCUUUGAAUUCUGUUGACAAAAUGCUUCGCACUCCUGUACAUUAUGUAAGUUAUGAGGCUGAUGUUCAUAGAUGGACAGAAAUGCUGGAGCAGUUAAUAUUGCUCGGAGGAGACGUGAAUGCGAAAGACGCGGAAGGGUUUACAGCUGUUCACGUCACUGCAACAUGUCAACAAAGUCAAAUGACGGGAUUUCAGUUGCCCUGGGACUGCAUUUGCGAAAAUGAGAAAGUAGUGCAGGAGAUCGAUUGGAACAGCGCUCGAAAACAAGGGGUGACAGUGGCGCAUAUGGUUUUCGCGAACAGAGGACUGCGGCUCGGAGGUUUGGAAGUGCCUUGGAACGUCAAUGAUCGUGACGAUUUUAUGUCAACGCCACUGCAUUAUGCAGAAUUCUCAAACAACACUGCCGUGAUCAUGUAUUUGGAAGUCUCACUUGCGACAGCCGAUGUCACUUUAAGAAACUGUCUGGAUGAAAGUCCCAUGAGUUGUGCACUUUCGGCUCUCAAUCAAGAAAUGGUGGAGUCACUUAGGAAUUACGAAAGAAGUUCGACUUCUCAGCACGAGAGAAGAUUGCCAGAUAGUUCAUGUAGACUAUGCGCCUUCUUUGCCCUCGAGGAAGGUGAGACUAACCCCAAUCUACCAUUUAGGAAGAGAGAAGAAUCUAUUUCAAUUGAUGCAGCAGAAGUGCAAAUCAAUCCUGUGAGAAAUAUGGAAGAAUACUUGUCCCAUAUUCUUCAUACACCAAGGAUCGGUAAAGUAGCGCUUCACGAUGCUGAGGUGGUCCAGAUAUGCAAAGAAACAGAAAACCUGAUAGUGGAGAUUCUUCGGAGAGUCGCAGACCGUGAUCAGCGUUUCCGUUCAACAGUGAUAAUGUCUGGUAGUGUUCGAGAGCAAACCAAAACUGGCCUACCUGAUGAGUUCGACUUUAUGUGCAGUCUUGAAGAAUUCAGCUCCUCUUUUGAGGUGGUCGACGAUGAUUCAUGCUCUCCUGGCUUUGUACGUCUGAAAAGAAGUAGCGACAAUGCGAAUAUCGACGAAUUUUUUGACGCUGACGGAAAUCUCGUGCCAUAUUUGGUCAGAUCAAAGUUCGAGGAAACUGUAAGGUUGGUGAUGUUUGAUUCCAGCCUGUGGAGUUGUUGCAGGAUUUGCUCAAACUUCGUUCUUCCCAGCUCCGAUACAGGCAUCGUCCGUCCAAAGCCAUCAAUCAUCAUUGAACUCUGCUGGAAUGGCCCAGUGUACAAGAAUAUGUUAUAUUCAGUCGACCUCGUGCCAGUAAUAGAUGCCGGGGUGUUUUGGCCCAGGGGUGCAAUUCCACAAAGUUCUGUGCUAGAAGACAUUCCAAAACGGUGCCUUUUUGCGAUGACCAUUCCGCGCUUUGAGCAUGGUAUUUAUGGCAAUGAAGUAAGAAUAUCUUUUUCACUUAUGGAAAGCAAGUUAUUUGACAAGCUUCCUGAAGUCGUCAAGGAUGCUUACAUCACAGCGAAGGCUAUUCGGGAUGUUUGUCCAGCAUUAAUAGACAGCCAAGAAUAUUUUUAUGAUGAAGCAAAUUUCAAAGCUCAAUCUUUAAUUUGCUCAUUUUGGCUCAAGAUGGCCUUGUUUUAUGAGUUAGAGAAGCAUGGCCUGGAUGACAGGAGCAGUCUAACCGAAUGGAUCCGAAGAAUUUACGGGAGAAUACACAAGUGUAUCUGUGAAGAUAAAGCCUUUCCAUCCUUCAUUAUUCCACAACAAGACCUCCUUUUCUCCAAAUUUUACGUAAAAGGCAAGAACCUUUCCACUGCUGCUAAGAAGCUAGAAAAGGAGUUAGCGGCUCUCCAAAAAAUGUGUCAGAUUAUUCAUCGAUUCUUAUCGAGCGACGGCUAA